AAUCAUCUUGAAUGCGUUGGAGCAGAGUUACGGCAAACAUUUGUUUCUCGUGUGAAAGAGGCAGGUGUUUAUGUGAUAAAAAACCCCCAAAAAACAACUGACAUAUCAGCCGUAGAACAGCUCUCUCUUUUCUUGCGCUAUUACGAUUGCAAUGAGAAGACAAUUUGGGAAGACUCCGUUUGCUUCCUGGAUGUUUUAGACAAAGAAUAUGGUUCGAAUCCCGGCAAUCCCGGCGAAGUUGUUGUAAAGCAAGACUCCAUUCCCAUGACAAUGGAUAAUUUUCUGCAGAGAUGCGAAGAAGACAAUCACUGGGAAACUUACUGGAAAG